AAUCUGUAACUAGGCUCUUAAGCUUUAUUUUUUGUUUUUGUUUACUUUUUUAUUAGAAACAAUCAUGUUUGUGAUGGUAACCUCCAAUGGUAAACUCAACACCGUAUUUUAAUAAAAUCCUAAAAAAUUUAAACAUCUUGCGCCUACGUUUUUAUCUAUCUAAACACUAGUGUUUUUCUUGCUGAACCUUUAAACUCUAGAGUUUUAUUCAGCUUUUUUUUUUUUUUCAAGCAGCUUCUUGCCUGAUUAUUAGUGGUUAGUGUGUUGCAGACUGCUUUUGUGGUCUGAGGACGUAAAGCUGUGUUUAGCAAAGUUUUGCCACAAACAAAAUUGUUUACCGCAGUUUGGCAGCUCUUUAUUUGGAGCAACGCAGUGCCAGGACAGCCGUGCAGGCCCAUAGGGCUAAAAGACGGGACGGUGGGGGGAUUAUGGGCUUUAAAAUUGCUUCCACAUGCAUAUAACCAGGAGACUCCUCUUAAACAGUCAGCAAUGCAUUGUUGGUAUUCAUUUAGUGAUUCCCAAGGAUUGUUUUAUCCGUUAUUGGCACCGAGGCAAUUUUAGUGCCUCGCAAAACUAAAAUUGCAAGGCAAGUAAUUUUCUAACGUUACAACCACAGACAUAAAGGUAUUUAUUGGUAUUUUCUAUGAUUUACCAACAAUAAAGUGAUGCAUAAUUGCAAAGUAGAAGUAAAAGGAUAUGUUGCAUUCAAUGUAAAAAAAAGACUAAAAAAAUGUCUGUGAUAUGGCUCAUUUGAAUUCAGCCCCUUUUAAAUCAUCCUUUCAUAUAAUCGAAUGCAGUCAGUGGAUUGGCACGCCUGUACUUACCAAGACACGGCUGUUGAGCAAGCAGAGGGUAAUCAGAAGCCCCAUAAUGCCCUCAGAGGAGCUGCACAGAUCAGCAGCUGAGGUGGGAAAAACUAUUGAAAGGACGACUUGGUCGUAACACUGGCAUUUGUGAAAGGGAAGCAAAAAGAAAACCAUGUUGAGAGAGGUCUGGUUUGCAGAUUGUAAAGGUCGUGGAGGGGACACUGGUCUGAUGGGACAAAAAGUGAGAUUUUUAACCUACAUUUAAAAUGUUUAAGGGAAUAAUUAUGCCACCAACCAUCUCUAUGGUGGUCUCCACAAGUUUUUUUUUUUUUUUUUUUCUCAGGGAAGUUGUUCCCUGUUGAGAGAGAAGCAUCUAAAUCUGAUUUGGAUUUAAGUCUGAACGAGUCCCUGGUCCGACACACCGAUGGCUGAUUUACCUCCCCAGCAUGUAGUCAUGUUCUACGGAGACCAGUUAAUUCAUUCAUAUGUGUUGAAGCAGAUAUGUCAAUAAGACCACAUCAGGACCUCUAAUGUUAAACCACUCAAUUUUAGCUCUGUGGGUGGAAUUGCAGAUCGACCUAAAAUAUUAAUAUUGAUAUCAAGUCAGUUUUUGAAUAAUACUGACACUGGUAUCGUUCCGAUCUUACUGGCAUGCUGAGAUCGAUACUGCAGUUUCAGAUUCUCACUCGGCUCUACCUCAAAAAAGGUUUUGUUUCCAUGUGUUCUCAAAUUGUACGUUUUUGCUUUUCUAUCGUUUCUGCUCGUCAUAAAACACCUGAAGGUCAGAAGUUUAAUAAUAUAUCAAGUAUCAGAAUCGUUAUCGGCGAUACUGGAGCUGUACUCUGUACCAUGAAAUGCGCUAUCUCGCACCUCUAAUUUUUUGGGUUCUUUACUUGCUGGAAAGUUGAACCUUGACCCCAAUCUGAAGUCUUUUGCUUCCUCGAACAUGUUUUCUUCCAGUUUUGCUCUGCCCUCCUUGUUGUCAGUUCUGAUACCUUAUCCCUGAUAAAGUAAAGACUCCCCAUGGCGUGAUGCAUGCCACCACAUGUGGGUAACGUGUGCUGUGGGUCACAGGUCACACAUGCUGUUUGUGCAUGUGGACCAGAAAAUUUAAUCUUUGUCUCUUCCGCACGUUUGCUGCGAACUGCAAAUAAUUUCUUCAGCAAUUCCUCUCCUACCGACACACAUUCAGAAAGACGAGAUGCGUUGAUUGCACAACGUUGUUCUUAUGUUUGCAGACGUGUCGCUCCUCCAGAGUUGGCAGUCGCUCCACGUUAUGCAGAGAAUAAAUGACGAUGGUUUUCUAAUUGAGUGGCUGUUGAAGGCAACUGGUGAUGCUGAAGUUUAGAGUAAUCGCAGCAAAGGGAACUGAAUACAAAAGAAAUCCAGUGCAAGGGACUGUUUGUGUGGGACAAUUACACUACAGCACCUGAAGAAAAGCCAGCUGAUUAACAUAAUGAGUCCAGUAGUUGAAGCACUUCUUUCUGAAAGUACCUUUCGCACACUCUGAUCUCUGAAUUUGUUGAAGUUGGGGGGGGGGAGCAGACGUAUUGCACAAUCACCUGUUUGUCCACUUCUCAGAAGUUGCUAGAGGCCCAGGAUGAUAGCUGGGUUUUUACUGGAUGUGACUCGCACUUCAAACGCACUUCGUCCAACUCCUUCUCCAACCUGACGUCGUACGGUUCCUGACUUCUGCCAGCCGCCACGCUGCACCCCCAGAGAUGUUGGCUUUUUCUUUUUUCUGUUUGCUUGUUCGUUUAGUGCUGGAGUAGACACUGAGGCCUCAUCACUUCUGGGAGGACACAGUAAAACCAGUAAAACGUGAACCCCUGGUUCCCACACUGCUUCUGAGAACGUAAAUUCAGAUAAGUGCUCUGUAAAAUGGGUCAGUGUGCAUUAGAUUUUGGUGAAAAACAAGGUGGGGUUUUUUUUUUUGUGCUUCUGCUAGUUUCCAGAUGUCUGCACUUUUUUCUUCUUUCAGAAUGUUUUUUAGUGUUUGACUCUGUUUGUUAGAAAAUUAAUACAACAUUUUAUCAAGUUCAAACACUUGAGACCUUUCCAAUUUGAAAUAUAUACCUUUUAAUUGCCAACAGUCCUUUUUUGUUUUUCUUUCAGCCUAAUAUUUCUUCCAUUUGUCUGAAGCAAAGUGUUUUCAACCACAAGUAUUAGUUUCCAGAUUUUCUCCUUAAAACCGAAAUAACCUCACUCUGGCAUGAGAAAGUCAACAAAAGCUAACAGCGUUGAACCUUAAUGGGGGCAGCCUGACAGAUCGGGGUGUGUGUGGUAGUGUAUGGCAUGUGUUUGCGUACUUGCCCAUGUGAUGGAUUGGUCUCCAGGCAGACAAAGUAUCCCACUUGGAGGGAUCGGACUACCAACCCGAAGGCAACGGGAUAAAUAUUUGUCUUGGGUUGUCUCUGGAAUGAUCGAAUAUUAUUUCAGCCUACGAAGUACUCAAAUGCUGCGUCCCGUUCAGAGCUUGGUUUUCAAUCUUAUUAUACCCUUAAACUGCUCAUUUAAUCUGUAUUGAUUGUUUUUUUUCCUUUCUGGUUUAAUUCUGAUCGUAGUUGGUAACUGGUGCAAAAACGAUUGGCAUUGCGUGUGUGGUCUGGUGUCAGAAGUCUCUUUUUGUCUCUAGAGUGUACUUGUAAGUAUAUUAGCGUCCUGGGUUUGGGGUUUAACCUGGUUUUCAUCACUGUGUUUACACGGAGCACCAGGAAAGCGGGUGAUUCACAUCCUUGUUUAAAUGAUUGGAUCUGUAUUCGGCUCUCUGACCGUCUGUAGACAUCUGCGUCUGAUUUUUAGAGACUCUUAGCCACUUAAGAUCAUCUCUAAAUUCGCCUGAGAAGCUUGUCCGAGUUUACAGAAACGAUUUCACCCGGGUUCGUUACAAUUAUCUCGGCCGUGUUGGUUCUGUUUGACCCACUUCUGCAGCGCGCACUCCUAAAUAAAUGUCCACUGUAAUUGUUGACAGUCUGCAGCUGAGAAUAGCUCCUCAAAAUCCACAGGUUCACAAGGUUUAACUUGUGCUUUCCAAAAGACACAAACUGCGCCUUGUAAAAGCAUUAAUACCUGUCAAACUUUUUGGGCUUUUUUUUGUUUUUGUUUUUGUCACGUUGCAACCAGAAACUUCAGCGUGUUUUAACUGGGGUUUUAUUUCGCAGGCUAUCACAAAGUGGCACGUGGUUUUGGUUGUGAAAGGAAAGGCAUAAGGAGUUUUCAAAAUGUAGAAAAAGUUUUUCGUGCAUGUGUGAAAUGCAAUUGCAUGAUCAGUCCACAUCGUCCACUUUCCCUCUGAUCCACCUGCAGACAAUCUAACUCUACUAGUUUCCCUCAAAAGUCUUGUAAGCAAUAAAGAGAGUCAACAUCUGAAUAAUUUAGUGGACCCAACUGUGUUGGGAAGGCCUCAGACACCUCAGCAGAGGGGUGAGAGAUGCAGGCGGACAGAACAACACUCCUCUCCACCCGAACCGACUGCAUGGACAUGCAGAGAUUAACCGCUCAGGUGGAAGAACCGCUGCAUGCGACGGGUAUAAAUUCACAAAUCUGUCAAGAAGAAAGGCAUAGCUGAAUGAAAGUCUUACCCAUGUAGUGCUGCCACUACUCUGUGAGGCAGCAUCAUGCUGCUUCCGUCAGGGAACCUGGUCAGAGUUGAAGGGAGGGCAGAUAUAGCGAGCAUUUUGUGACAAAAUGUUAAAAAACUAUAUAUAAAAAAACAAGGGUUGCGAGUCCUUUUGCGAGGCGCCGUACCGUCUCUCUUACUAGAUAGAUCAGAACAUUCUGUUAGAAAAUUUCUACCAAAAAUGGCAUAAAUGUGAGCUUCAGCUGAAUGCCUGAUCUCUUUCUUCUCUGCGUCUGUCUGGCUUUUGGCGUUCUGUGAUUAGCUCAUGGCUUUCCCUCUUCUGACUUCACUCACUGGAGCAACGCUGACGCGAGCUCAUGAUUGACCGAUGAGGACGAGAGGAAAACUUCCAUCUAUCUUGGAGUUUUGCGUCAGCCUGGCAGAUCUGCUGCUGUAUCUGGUGUCCUAAUGCUAAUCUCCCGUGUGUGUGUGUGUGUGUGUGUGUGUUACAAUAAUCACAGCCGUCAGUAGUUCCAGUUUUCAGAAACACUUACUCUCUAUCUGCCAUUGUGAGCUUAGGUGAUUUUACCUGACCAAUCUAAAAAAAAAAAGUAGUUUGAAGCUAAAUAUCAGUCUGCCCGCUCGCUGAGCAGAACAGACUGGCUGAAGGAUGCAGAAGGACUGGAUGCAAAUCAAAAAGAUGAAUCAAGUCCGUAAUGAAGGGAGAAACAGAUGGAGGGAAAUAUAUCUACUUAACCGACUCCUUUAGACUGCAGGACAUUAAAAAAAAAAACAACUAAAUUGUCACCUGAUACCCAGAAGUCUGCUUUUCCUUCUUCCCUUUUCUGCUCGUCGUCAUCAGCUGCUUAUUCCUGGAAAGGUCUGUCGUUUCGGCACCAGGCUGAGAAUACCUUUGCUCCUCUCAGCACUGCAGGCAUCAAUCUGUAGGCGUCCAGGAGGGCGUCCUGACCACAUGUCCAGAUCACCGUCAGGAUGUUUUGUUUUUGCGAUACACUGGUUGUGUAACUGUAGAGGAGGUGAACAGAAGCGGCAGAAAGUCUCCACUUCCUCCACGUGAUCAUUUCACGUCUCACUUGUGAGGUUUUACGUGCGCUACGAUAAUGUAGCUGUAAAAAAAACAACAACAAAAAAAACGAUGCUUCGAAGACAUCCAUCAUACCGCUCAAACUGUGCAAGUCUCUCUCCAGACAUGUUUCCCAUGAUGGCAUGUUUUGCACAAAGAACAUGGAUUGUAGUCCCUGUCAGGAUUGCAUCACAUCAUCUAGCCACAUGAGAAACUAGGAAAGGUUUUUGAGUUUUCACACACUGACCUUUCCUUGCCAGGCUGUGCAUGUGUGGGCACACAGGUGGCUGCUUUGUUCCUUUUUGAAGCCUUCGGUUAAAGUGGCUGUUUUAAGACUCUGACAUGUACAAACAGGGUCUCUUUUACACUCAGCUUCAACAUAUUCACAAGUGGCUCCUGAUAACAGAAACCUCCCUGAUUGUCCAUGUGUGUCCCAGCUGUGGGGAAAAACCCUUUUUUUUUUUUUUUUUUUCUUUUUUCUGCUGCUGCACACAAACACGUUUAACCUGAGGAAAUGGGAUUCCUCGUGCUCGAAUCACAGCUGGAUCUGGAGAUGGAGUUGUUUAAAACGGAGAAGAAGUACAACAAAAAAAAAAGAAGAAAGAUACGGAAACCAUUUUAAAAACCCCUUUGAUUCCCUCUGAUUUCCAAUCAAACUGAAAUUAGCUGCAGAAAUCAGAGCCAGUGCUUCUGUCCAGACUCCCCUCAUUUGUCAGGCAGGUUGCACGUCUGUCUGGGGAGCCCAAGUCCUCCUUACUCUUUCAAUUUUACUGCCUUUUUUUUUUUUUCUUUUUUUGCAACUGUGCACCAAAAAUUAGACAACGCUUUGGGGCGUUUGCCUGGAGGGAUGUUGAUUGCCUUCUGGAGAGAGAGAGAGAGACUGUUAACUGCCUUUCCAUACAAGGAGAGGUGAGGGGCGAGUGGGGGAGGAGAAAGAGAAUGAGAGGAGGGUAAUAUGAGGAGAUACAAUGAGAGAGAGAGAGAGAAGGUAGGAGGAGAGAAAUCUGGAAAGAGAUAAAGGGAGCGAAAAAGACUGAUGAGGUUGUGCCAGUUACAGCGGAGAGGAAAGUGAGCAGAGCCGAGUCCUCCCUGUGGUUGUGCUGCUGCUUCUCCGACUGACCCAAUGCAGAUGAUGUCUUCAGAGCGCCUGGCCUGUGGUUGGCUGCACAAGCUUCUCGUUUUGCUGGUGAAGCUUCAUUUCGCGUUUGCCGAGCCUCUGCAACCCCUCAACGGAACGGGCUGCACAGCCAAGGGUCCCGCUUCCUACAUCCUGGUCUUUACAGGUCACUGGAGCCCGCAGUCGUUUCCAAAGCAGUACCCCCUGUUCCGACCCCCAGCGCAGUGGUCCAAACUCAUAGCGGCGAGCCACAACCGCCACUUUCGGCUCUGGGAGGAGGGCUCUUCGGCCAGUCCCGGGGUGCAGAGCUUUGCUGAAGUCGGGGUGACGGUGGAGCUGAUGAAAGCAGCCAAGGAGGCCCGGAAGAAGCGCACGGUCGGAGUCAUGUACCGGACAGCAGGCAUUCCCAAUGGGAUCGGACACAGCUCCACGGAGAUGCUCAUUGUGCCCCGCAACCCACUGCUGUCUUUGAUGGUGAAGAUGAUUCCCAGCCCUGACUGGUUUGUCGGUGUGGACAGCCUCAAUCUUUGUGAGGGUAACCGGUGGAAACAGGAAGUGACCGUCGACCUCCAGCCUUACGAUGCAGGAACGGACAGUGGAUUCACUUUUUCCUCUCCCAACUUUCCCACCAGCCCCCCUGAAAACAUUACAAAGAUCACGUCACAAAUGCCGAAUCAUCCGGCCAAUUCCUUCUACUACCCUCGACUAAAGGAGCUUCCACCUAUUGCCAGCAUAAAGAUUACCCGGCAGCGUCGAACGCCAGACCGCCAAACUUCUAUUUCUAAUCACAUUCUACCAAACUCCAUCAAUCCUCAGCGUUUCUCAGCAACACCUUUGGAUUGCGAAGUCUCCCUCUGGUCAUCUUGGGGUCUGUGUCUUGGUCCCUGCUCCAGAGGUGGAGUUCGUCACCGCACACGUUACAUACUUCUGCGGCCAGCAAACGCUGGCAGCCCCUGCCCUGAGCUGGAGGAACAGGAUGAAUGUGUGCCGCACAACUGCAUAAAGAAACGCCAGUAAUCGUCAAAGCAGGAGCAUAAAAACAACCAGUGAUAAACACUUGGACUCUCGUGUUAUCAGUGCUGGACUGAGAAAACGUUUGAGAAUUUGUCAGAUUUUUUUUUUAAGUGAAGCAAUAAGAACUCAAUGUGUAUUGUCACAAAAAGAGACGUUUGCAAAUCAGCAGAACUAAGAAAAAACAGAAGUCUCUUGGAAAAAACUGGUUGCUGGAUGAAAAUCAAAGAGCUAAAAUGCUAUUUAGUCUGACUUUGUUUUUACAACUGUUGUUCGACCUGUGUUUGCCCAAAGGUUGAGCUGUUUUGUAAAAUGUAAAUAAAAGUGAAAUGCAACCAUUUGUAAAUUAUCUCCAAAAAUAUAUGUUUCAUUCAAUAUAACAGAAAUAUGAAUUAA